CAGCAUUCCAUUUUCUCGUCUUUUUUGCUCCACCCCUCCCCCCUUCUCCGCCACACCCUCAACACCUUGUCACAGAUCUCGAGAUGCCUUAGUGCUACUCAUGCUCUUCCAGGUAUUUGUUUCGAAGCAACUCGCAAAGGAGAAGAAAGAAAAAAAAAAACGCCACCUAUUACCACUUGCAUGUGCGCUUGCUCUCCUUCUCUUUCUUUCCGUUUCUGAUCUCCUUCCUUGCUUCUCUUAUCUCUUCCUUUCUGCCUUCCACCUCUUCAAUUUUCCCUUAUAUGUGCUAUUUUUUUACAAGUUUUUUUUUCUUCUUCUUCUUCACUUCUCUCGGUAUCCCGGAGUUUACUGUUUUUGCCUUGCUACCGGCAUCGUCCGCAAUCGCAUGGCUUUGUUCGGCCCUGAUCUUCGUACAGCUCGACGCUUCAUCCUGGUUCUGCUGCGCCCUCAAGUUACACCGGCCAUGUUCCACUUGCUGCUAUCCCUCUCCUCUUGUCCAGCCGCUACUUGAUGCUUUCGUCCUUUCGGCCAGUCGUGCUAAUACCAUCCUCUUCCCCCUUAGUGGCUGAGCACAGCAGCAGGUGGUAUCAUCUAUCUUCUCUUCCGCCGCACCGCCUGCGGGUUUCGAGGCCGCCGUCCUCCCAGUCCCGUCCCCUCAC